AGAAACCUGUGUGAAUCUGAAGCCCCGUGAAGGAUGAAGACUUUGUCAUAAAGGGACUAAAAACUCUACAAAUAGGCGUCGCCUCCACCCUCCCGGUCUGUGUCUUUAUUUCAGAGCAGAUUCAUCCCCGGUGAGUGAAAAUGCAGCAGCCUGAAACCCCGCAGAUAAUUCGGCAAAGAGCAGCAGAACCGCUGGAGCCGGCAGAUGAGCACCUACGUCGGAGGAGAACCGCUCUGUGGGUGACCGUCUCUCUGCUGGCUCUGGGUCUGCUGGCGCUGACCAUAGGGCUGAUCUCGGCCACUCGCACCGACAACGUGUCUGUCGUUGGACAGUAUCCCGGCAUCAUAUUGAGUUUUGGGGCAUUUCUGGGUAUUGUUGGCAUCCACCUGGUGGAAAACCGCAGACCCAUGCUGGUGUCAGCGAUAAUCUUCAUAAGUAUCGGAGUCGUCACAGCUUGUUUCUGUGCCAUCAUGGAGGGGAUAAUUGCUUCAGAGUUCAUUGACAUAACGCCUUUGCAGGAAGGCAUGUGUGCCUUUCGACCCAGUGGAUCCGGCUACACCUACGACAGCUACAACACUGAGGUGAAGUGCCGCUCGUUUGAGAAGACAUGCAAUCUGCAAGUGAGGAGCAGCACCUGCUACUGUUGCUACCUUUAUAACUGUGAGAGCGAAUACAUGAAAUACUACUACGAGUUCACCGGGGUCAGCAGCUGCUGGGAUGUGGUCCACCUGUACCGUCUGAUGUGGACCUCAGUGGUGCUCAACAUGAUCGGCUUGUUCCUGGGCAUCAACACCGCCGCCAUCCUCGGAGCAUACAAGGAAUACAUCCAGAAGCCUCCUCCUCACAUUGCUCCCAGCCCGACGCCAGCACCUCACAUCCUGUACAACCCGACCCAACACAUGCUCACCUACCCCAAUUUCUGCCCAUCGGGGCCGGCUCUGCCCGCCUACCCCAACUAUCCAGUAUCCAUGCAGCAUAACACCAACCACCAGGCACCUGCUACUAUCCAGCUGCUCCCUCCUAUGGGAGACCCUGCCUCUUCCCCCUCCUCCUGCCCGUCUGAGGAGAACCAGAGCCAGCCGCCCUCUCGUAUUCCCCCUCAGCCACAGCCUCAGGGAGCCACUCAGGACCCAGGAGGCUACAUGCUGACGCCCAACGCUCCUGUCCUCUACGCAUCCUCCUACAGCGCCUUUGAGAAACCUCCACCCUAUGCCUGCUGAGCCCUCAGACAUCUAUGGAGGACAUGCUGUGAAUGUCUUCACCUGGUCAGACUGAAAGUAGCACAAGACAUUUCUGAGAGAGAUUUAAGCUAUUUAAAUGCUGCAUUUCAUGUGUGUCUAAUGGGUUUCAACUGAAGCUAGACAGAUAUUUAUGGUUAUGUAGCGUGAUUAUAUAGACAUGAGUAAUUUUACCAUGUAUUCAUUAACAGGAACUUGCUUAUUCACUUAGUACCACACAGCCGCAAAAAUGACCAGAAAUGGUGGGUAAACAGGUGGCACAGCUCUGUAGCAGCACCUCUAAAUCUGAACUGAAAUAUUGCAGCUCAUUAUUAAAUGUUAUUUUUUUUUAAAAAGACAAAAAUUGUGAAUUGAAAGUGAAUAAGCAAAUUCCUUUUAAGCCUAAAGCUGGCCGUUGGAUGCUACACACUCAGUAUAAAUACUGUAGUACACUUGACUGUGUUCCUGUAAUUGUUUCUGUUCUGAGUUGCAGAGACUGGAUUGCAGGUCGUCCUGUGUCUUGUCUCAUCACACUAUCUACUGUACAAGCAGUUCAAAGGGCUUUCCUGAGAUGUGAACUGGAGAGUAAAUUGUGUUUGUGUGACUCGUUUAAUGUGCACUUUACAGUCAAUAUAACGUCUAUGUUAGUGAUUGAUGCAUGUCAACUGCUGCUGCAGCUAUGAAAUCCAUUGAAGUGGGACCUGUAAGAAAUGCAUACGUGUAGUAAGGGCUUUAUAAAAACCUCAUAUGUGAAGGAGUUCAACCUUGAAGAAAAUAUGUUUAUUUGCUGAGAUGCACAAGGAUUUUUGUGAUAUAUUUGUAGCGUAAAGUCAGAUAAACAGGGCAACAGACGCAAUCCGUCCAAAGCCCCUUAAAUAAUAACGACCACACUCAAAAAAACCAAAGUGUAAUCGCAGUUCUUCACUUUCCACACAAAGCCAGAAAAACAGGUUUCCCUGUUUCCGUUCUUUGUGCUCGGCUUCGGUCUUCUCUCAUCAGAAAAGCAAAUAAAUGUAUUUUUCCAAAGAUGUUGAACUUUUUGUCAGCGCUUCU